AAUGGGAGGAGAUCAUCAUGAAGAUCAUGAUUCAGCUUUAUCACAUGAAAUAAAAGCUGAAUAAAUUAAGAGAUUAUAACCUUUCUAUUAAUAAAGAUUACCAUAUAUUUUAAGACCAUUUGCAUCAUUGAUUUAUCAUAAUAUUCCAACUAUCAAUACAGAUAAUUAUGAACAUAAAUCAAUAGAAAAUUAUUGUAAAUAUAUAUGAUAUUAUUUAUAUAGCUGAGUCCCAGAUUAUUAAUAGAACUGUAUUUGCCUUAUAAAAAUUACAGCUUUUGAAUCCUAAUUUCUUUACACCAUAAGAGUAUUAAAUAAUCUAUAAUUAUUAGAAAUCGUAUAUUGUCUCCAUUACCCUCAGGAAUAGUGUCAUAUACACUUCAAUUCACUUGUUCAGCAAUGAAUGCUAUAUAUGGAUUGUAUUUAUAUAAGACAUGGAGUUUCAAUGCUAAAUCAAUUGGACUUUGGGCAGUAUUUUUAGCUACUUAAUAAGUAUGCCUAUAAUAUCCAAACUUUUUAUGCGAAGUAUAGAUAUAAAUUUAAAUAUAAAGACUCUUAUCUAAUGGCCUAGAAGAAGAAGAUUAGCAAAAUAAUAUCUUGAAAUUUAUGGUCCAAAUUAUUUCCAUUAAAUUAUUGAUCCAAGAUUCAGUGUUCAUAAACUAGAAACAUUAAAAAAUAUAGCAUGAG